AUGGGGGCAAAUGUUGUUGCAUACACCCUCACCGAAGGACACUCAAACAACAGACCACCAUUCUUCAAUGUCCCAACAAAGACAAGCAUUGAAGGAGUGGUGACUCCCAAAGAAGAAAGCAAAUGGAAUGACGAAGACAAGAAAAAGGUAGAGCUGAAUGCCAAGGCAAUCAACAUGUUACACUGUGCUAUCAGUUUUGAGGAAUAUCGAAAGGUAUCAAGGUGCAAAACAGCAAAAGAGUUUUGUGAUAAACUCCAAGUCACCCAUGAUAUGCUAAGAAAGGAAUAUGAGAUGUUCAUUAUGAAGGAAGGAGAAACCAUUGAUGAGAUGUCUGAAAGAUUUUCAAUCAUCAUCAAUAGCUUGGAUGCUAUGGGGAUGAUUCACACUGAACAAGUGUUAUUGAGAAAAAUACUCAGAAGUCUUACAAAAGAGUAG